CACUCACUCGCUCCGGGUCAGACAGGCGGGGGUUUAAGGGACCUCUUCUGGGCGCCAACUCAGCCGGGACGACAGCAGCCAGUUGGAAGGACACACCGGUCGGGGAGGAGAAGAUCCAUCCGGAAAAAAGAUUCACUCAUAGCAGCGCGGGGCGGCCUCCCUCAUCUUUAAAGCAGCGCUACCUGUGACACGGAGUGUUUGUGUGCAUGUUGUACGUGUGUUCCCGUCCCAUCUCCCCCACGUUAGUGCAUUAGUAUGCAGGGUGCUUGUGUGUCAGUGGUGUGCGUGUGCAUAUGUGUGUCUGUGCUCCUCCGCAGUGCUAUUUCACAGCCGCCUACAGAAAGCGACACCUACACGGAAUGCACAGAUGGGUAUCACUGGGACCAUCAGACCGAGCACUGCAAAGACAUAAACGAGUGCGAGAUCAUCCCCGAUGCGUGCAAAGGGGAAAUGAAAUGCUUCAACCACUACGGGGGAUACCUGUGCCUUCCCCGCUCCGCGUCCGUCAUCCCGGCCUCGGAGCCCCCCAUCACGCCCGCCGAGACCAGCCGCUGCCCUGCUGGCUACGAGGCGCAGGGAGACAGCUGUGUCGAUGUCAAUGAGUGCGAGCGAGAGGAAGAUGACUGCCAGCCCAGCCAGCAGUGCAUCAACACCCUGGGUGCCUUCACCUGCCAGUGCCCCGAUGGUUACCGCAAGGUCGGCACAGAGUGCAUCGACAUUGAUGAAUGCAGGUACAGAUACUGCCAACAUCGCUGUGUCAAUGUCCCCGGCUCCUUCUCCUGUCAGUGUGAACCUGGUUUCCAGCUGGCAGGAAACAACCGAUCGUGCAUUGAUGUGAACGAAUGUGAGAUGGGUGCCCCCUGCUCCCAGAGGUGUUCCAACACGUACGGCACCUUCCUGUGCCGCUGCGACCAGGGCUACGAACUGGGGGCCGAUGGCUUCGCCUGCAACGGUAAGAGAACGAGGAUGAAUGCGAGCGAUGGCACACACUUCCCUCACUUUGCUUUUUUUCCUGCCUCUCCCUUCCCCCGUUGCACAGACAUCGACGAGUGCAGCUACUCCAGUUACCUGUGCCAGUACCGGUGUGUCAACGAGCCGGGGAGGUUCUCCUGCAUGUGCCCAGAGGGAUACCAGCUGCAAGGCACCAGGCUGUGCCAGGAUAUAAACGAAUGUGAAACAGGCGAGCAUCAGUGCGGCGAGGCUCAGACGUGCGUGAACAUCCACGGACGAUACCAGUGUGUGGACACGAACCGGUGCCAGGAGCCUUAUGUGCAGGUGUCUGAGAACCGCUGCGUUUGUCCCGUCAACAAGCCGGCCUGUCGAGAUCUGCCCUUCUCCAUCGUCCACCGCUACAUGAGCAUCACCUCGGAGCGCUCCGUCCCCUCGGACAUCUUCCAGAUCCAGGCCACCAGCGUCUCUCCGGGGGCUUACAACACGUUCCGCAUCCGGUCAGGAGACGAGAACGCAGACUUCUACAUCAGGCAAAUCAAUAAUAUCAGCGCCAUGCUGGUGUUGGCGCGCGCCGUGUCGGGGCCCAGGGAGUACACGUUGGACCUGGAGAUGGUGUCAGUAAAUCCUCUGCUCAGCUACCAGGGCAACUACCAGACCAGCUCCGCCCUCAGACUCUCCAUCUACGUCGGGCCGCACAGCUUUUAGAGAAGAAGAAGAAGAAGAAGAAGAGUGGAGGGACACAGUGAAAGAUGGAAAGAAAGAGCUGGGGAGAAACACACGGGAAAAAAAAGGAGAUUGAGUUGGAAAACAAAGCGGUCGAUGUGGUUCAACCAGUCACUGUGAUGUUACACUCUAUGCGUUUUGUACUUCCAAAGCCACAUACAUACAUACAUACACACACAAUAGUCAUAUACACAGUGUACAAAUACAGUGAAGCAGUUUUAAAAAAAAAAAGGGAAAAAAAGGAAACAGCCGUAAAAUGGAGAUUAUCACCUCAACAACACCCACUGUGUUCAAAACAGGUUUAUAUUCUUGCACAUUUGUUCCAGCGAUAACAAAUCUGUGUCACACAUUUUCUGUCUGCCUGCACGUGGAGUGAUUCACUCCCUGCGUCACUAGAUCAUCAUCUUUUCACCAGUUUACAUCUUUGGCUCCGCUCUGCUUGUCUCUUCAUUCUUGUCAGCCCUUUGCUUUACUGUUGACAGACGUGAUUCAGUAACCACUCAGAAUGGACCUCAGCGACCCAGGCUCCUCCUCCACCCUCCGCUGUUCAUUCCUAUGCUCAAGAUCUCCAUCGCUGCCUUUUGUAGGUUUAUCACAUUGCCGAUUGUGUUUUUGUCUAAGAUUUAAAACCUAAUAAAACCAUAUACCUUUUCCUCUG